UCUCCCCUAUCACUUCGUUUCAUUGCAAAACGUGGCUUUGCCGCAGGCUGAUGUGAUCUCUUUCCCCCCAACAACACUCUAUGAGAGUAAAUGAAUUGGUCUCGCAACUUCUCGCCCUCAUUCUUGACUUUUAACAUCGGGUUCUGAAAAAAAGAAGACAAAAUAUGCACGAAACAGACGAUAUCUGAUGAGAAGAGUAUCGAUUUUGAAGUCGGAAAAGAAGUAAUCGAUAUGUCCAUUCUACUACUUCUUUACUCACUAUAUUCUUCACCUUGAACUUUGUGAAUGAAAAUGUGAAACCAAAAAUGACAGAUUCGAAUUUCCCUUGAGGCAUUACAUGGCAGUCCGGCAUCUGUAUGAGACAGCGUUCGACAGUACGGCCAGUCCGGCAGAUAUCGAUGAAGAUCCAGAGGACAUCCUGGAGACGAGCAGACGACUCUGCAGUCCGGAUCCUGCAAUCCACGCUCAUAGCCAAAGACCCUCCCCCGCGACCUCCAGAUCCAGUACAGACUCUGAUCGGUCAGGAGGUAAGAGGGUACCCAAACGAUCCCCAAGAUCUCCAGCCUUGCCCCUUAGGAAGCUCUUUACUCCGUGGGUGUGUGGAGCAGACCGCAAAGAAUCCAAGAGUUCAGAAACUCAUACUGAAGCUCCAAGUUGCUCUACGGAAGAAAAAUCGAAGAAAACAUUUUCACCGUCCGUGGAAUUCAAGAAACUGGACGUAGCAGAGGAUGAGUCCAAAAAGAGUCCACAGAUUUCUUCUCUUCCUGCCAAAUCAACUGCAGCUGACAACAGGGCUUCCACUAAUAACUUAGUCAAUGAGAACUCCAUUUUGGAAAUAAUGCCGCCAAAUACGUCCAGUUAUACGUCAUUUGAACUCAAAAGCUACGCCAACACUAGUGCAGAUUCGGCGAUUGAAAAUGGAAAGGGACCAUGUGACAGUGAUAAAAGUAGUGAGUCUACACCAAUACUUAACUUUGGUAAAAACUACAGAGAAGACAUGAAACGUAGCAAUUUAGAAUUGAAUUCUGCGACCAGGAACAACUUAUGGCUGGAUUUUAGCCGGGCUCCGAAAAGAAUGAGGCGCCACUUAUGUUUGGAUAUUCAAAAUGAAGAUGAGAUUGAACCUACAGCUCAUCUUAUGAAACAGGAAUGGUAUCAUGGUUCCAUAAGCAGGGCAGACGCUGAGAAUUUGCUCCGUCUUAUGAAGAAAGGGAGCUUUCUAGUCCGUUGUAGUGAGAAACUGAAGAGGCAAUAUCUGCUGUCGCUCAAGAGUUCCAGAGGAGUAAUGCAUGUAAAGAUAGUCCAGUUACCGACUGGGAAAUAUGUGAUAAAGCAGCAGACACAGACUUUUGACUCCAUUCCUCAACUGAUACAGUAUUUCAGUACGCACAUUCUCAACAUCCACGAGAUGAACGUCUAUCUCACUCACCCGGUCAUCGAGAAACUACUCUAAAUUUGUUUCAUUAAUUAUUAUUAUAACACAAGAAGAAUAAAUGUUUAUUUAUUACA